GAUGACGAGACCUAAUGUUAUGUGUGAAAACUCUCCACAGUAUGGGAUGGGAAGAGCAUGCGUCAUCUCAAGCUAUAGCCACCUCAGUCCCAGGACUGGACUAUGAAAUGGGUGUGAGGUGCUUUUACUCAUAUCACUCAGGUGUUUUUACCGCGCCGAUUAAUAUCUGACUUCAUUCGAAUCAUGGCAUGACCACUUCAGAGAUACGUAGUGACUUAUAAUUUGUAAAUGAGCAUAUUCCAUUUCAUUCGACGUACUCCCUAUAGAUGUCUUCGUGCACUUGCUAUGAUACUUGCUCUGACAUGCUGGAAAUUUCUGACUGUAGUUUUCGAGACACUUCGUACAUAAGAGUAGAGUAACUCGGCGUUUUCAGGACAGACAUAUAUAUAUAGUACUGUCUCGGCUCGAAAUUUGUGGUUUUGGACUAGACUCGAUAUAACUGUGACAAAGAAAACGAACUCAAAUAUGGAUCACAACAAUAAGAAGCCAGAUUUCUACACCAUACUCAAUGUCAGCCGUGACGCUGAUGUGAGUGGCAUUAGGGCCGCUUACUUGAAACUGAGCUUCAAGUAUCAUCCAGACAAGCUUGGCGUGUCCUCCGAAGCAAGUCACGGCAACUUUGUUCAGCUGAGAGAAGCAUAUGAGACUCUCAUAGAUCCAGUCCGCCGCCGGGCCUACGACAGGGAGCUUCCUCCACGGCCACGACCACGACAGGAGCCCGAGAUGCCAAAGCAACGCCCACACUGGAACCCACACUGGAAGAGACCGCAAAGAAAAGAAAGCCCGCCGUCAGCUUUUAGCUCGUGGAACAUUUACUCGAUACGGACCGUGCUAGAUCGCCAGGAGCCUAUAGCAAGACUGUGGGAUGCAUGCCUACGGUUUCGAUCGAUUCCACCCUGGAUAUUUCCCAGAAACCACUCCUUCCUAAAGCUUGAGAGAAACUUUUGCGCGGAGCGAAAUAACUGGAUUCGGCUGAGAGAUGAGCUCAAUAUGGCUAUGCGUGGAAGCACUAUGAGCGAACCGGCUGAUAGGCAUUCCAAUAUCAUUGCCAAGUACUCUCAGCUUAGCAGCAGAAUAGGGACCCUGGACUAUAUUGUUAGAAAUGUUCUGGUUAUUGUUGAUGCGCAUUGUCGUAGCCGUGGUACGCCGUUUUUGCCUCCCUUUUUUCUGUGGCAAGACUACCGGGUACACGUGGAGCUUAGCAACAGAAUGCUGCCGUACUUGGCAUGGUAUUAUGCUGAAUCUACCGAAGGGUAGGUGCUUAAGCAGAUAAGUUUGGCGGACGUCGACAACGGAUUUCGAUCCAAGUAUAUUGGCAUCGUGUCCUGCAGACGAUACGGCGUACAGCAGGUCGAACUUUUGUUCAGAAGCUAGACCUUUCCGGCUUGAUGCGAGCCCUUAUGUGACUACCGAGGUAUUCACAGCAACAUUGAAGAUAUAAUUAAGUUACACAACCAGGUACAUGCAAUACUAGACUACUACAUAGUACAGUGCUGGACUCAUACAAAUGCAGUUGUCCGUAUUCAAGAUACACGACAGGAGACACAAAACGGACAGAGUCGGCCAGUCGGCCGAAUCUUACAAGGGUCACCAUGCUGUCUAUUCGCUUCGAUGCUUCCGAGACAUUCAGGCGAUGCGAGUCGCUUAGAAAAGACUCAAAAGAGACAUGAGGAUUCUUCUGUGUAACAAGUUGGCCAAAUCAACGCUCUGCUCCGUGCCAUGAAGCGCCAGGGGCAUUGGCUGGGCACGGGCUAGCUACAUGUUGUGUAUUACCAUAUUCUUGAUUGGACAUUCGAAUUGAUGAUCUAAUAUACACUUAUUACACUAUGUAGGUAGGACCAGGUAGGUAGGUAGGUAGGUAGGU